CCCCCCCAAGCCACCGACUCUCUCCCCUUGGAAACCCGGUGGGAUCUUGAUGAAAUUUCGCCUUCUUUCUUGCUUAAUCACAAGAUUUGGGGCUUAGAAUUCUCUCCCUCAACCCAGAAAUCCCGAAUCUGCUCUGCUUCUUCCUCCCUUGUCCGUUGGGUUCUGCUGGGUUUGAAUCCUUCGGCUUUUUCUGCCGUGAGUUUCCCCUGAAUUUUCUGCACAUGCCGUCGGCUUCCUUCCCAGCCGGAACCGGCCUUUGCUUGCCUGAAAUUUUGGUUUUGAUCGUUCUGUCACCGUAGCACUUGGAUUAGCCUUCUGUUCUGUGCGAGUGAGGUAAGUAAAUUAUGUGGGAGUGUGUAAACACUGGCACUAUUACUGACGCCUGCCAGUGGGAGUUUGUUAAACACUGGCCAUGACUUAUAGAUGAGACUACUGAUGGGUUUUAUUCCGCAUGAAUGGUUUGUCAUGAAACACUUUGUUAUUGAAUCGAAUUGGAUUUUGCAUUAACGGUUUUGGCACUGAAUGUUUUGCUAUUGAACUGAAUCUGAUUUUGUUUUAACGAGUUAUCAUUGAAGGCUUUGUUAUGCUUAUAUGGUUUAUUUGGCAUGCUUAAAAGUUUUACCCAAGGGCUAUCCAUAUUUACUUACUGAGUUAUCUCAUAGUUUUCCCUUGUCCACCAUUUCAGGAAGCGAAACUGAGGACGGGGAAACCAAGGGGAGUGACAAGUUAGAAGGCUAGCCAUUUCGAGAUUGGUAUAGAUUUAGAAAUAAAUCAUGCUCUUGCAAGCUAGAGUGUAUGUGGAGAUUUUAUGAUAUUAGAGCAGAUUGUAAAAUUUUAUCUUGAGAUUUUGUGGUAUCAGGUUGUGAUUUGAAUAAGUUUCGAGCCUUGUGCACUUGUGGGACCCGUCUCACGAGUGUACGGCGUUUGUCGUGCCUCGGAUUUGGUUCAGUCUAAUGAUCAAGAAGAGACUCAAGUUGUCAAGUUAAUCACAGAGGAUGAAGACAAGGCAAUUAAAGCGAAGGUGCAGUUGAUGGAGGAAACACUAAAAUCGAUGCAAGGUGUCCAAACCAAUAAAUCAGUUGACAUCUCAUCUUUGUGCUUUUUCCCAAACAUUCAACUACCCCACAAGUUUAAAUUGCCUGAGUUUGAUAAGUACAAUGGCAUUGGUUGUCCUUAUGCCCACUUAACAAUGUAUUGUAGGAAGAUGGCUCCUUAUGCUAAUAAUGAGAAGUUAAUGAUACAUUACUUUCAGGACAGUUUGACAGGUCCUGCAGAUGCUUGGUUCUCUACUUUAGACAAAAGUAAGGUCAAAAGUUGGCAUGAUUUGACUUACAAUUUCAUGAAGCAAUAUGAAUACAAUACAUCACUAGCUCCUAAUAGAGAGGAUCUUCAAAAAGCAAAAAAGAAACGAAGUGAGAACUUUAAGGAAUUUGCUCAAAGAUGGAGUGGAUUAGCUGAUCGAGUUCAACCUCCACUGACUGAUCAUGAAUUAAGUAAUUUAUUCAUCAAGUCAACCAAAGGACCUUAUUGUGAGAAGUUAAUAACUUGUGUGAAUUGCACUUUUGCCCAGUUGGUUAUUGUGGGAGAACAAGUGGAGGAUGGAAUCAAGUCUAGAAUUAUCAUGGAUUAUCAAGCAAUGAAGAGUCUCCUUGAACAAUACCAAAAUGAUAGUUCAGGGGCUUCUAGUUCAAAGAAGCUUGGCCAGAAUCAAAAGAAGGAAGAUGAGAAUGGCUCUAUAAGGUCAAUUUAUAAGGCUUAUGGAAGAAAUAAACAAGCACGUGGGCAGUUCGACACAAUUGGUCUUGUUACUCCUAUACCUAUGGUUCCAGUAAAAACACCAUUUCCAACGUGGUACAAUCCACAAGCAAGAUGUGAAUAUCACAACGGAGGUGUUGGCCAUGACCUUGAAAAUUGUCUAGCUUUAAGGCAUGGUGUUCAAGAUUUGAUAGAGGCAAAUGAGUUACAGAUUGCAUCAGAACCUGAACUUGUUGGUCCGAAUAUCACUAAAAACUCCCUACCAACACACGAUGGUUAAACAAUCAAUAUGAUCGAGAAGGAUUUUGAGGAAGGUCAAGAGGUGGCUGCAGUUACUCUCACCAAUCAAGUUUCAUCAACUCCUAGAUAGUCUUUAAUAUUGAAGGGACCAGCGCUUACAGUUCCACUCAAACAAGGUUGAUCUUAGAACUGCUACUGAUGAGGGCUUGAAUAAGUGAACAAUGGAGUUUUUCCCUAUUGCUAUCAGUUUGGAAUAAAAUGUGUCCAUCAUG